GACUGCACGUGUUGACGAGCUCUCUCUGUUGCUGUGAAGAGCUUCGAUCAGAUUGAUUUCUUUGAUUUGUAUGCGCAUGCGCUUGUGAAGCAGACGACAAUGCGGUACUACCGCUGGCUGUGGUGGUCACUGUUAAAGCACCGAGCCGGCGACAACGAAGUCAGUGUGAGAGUGGUGUUUCUAAGCAACUUAGUAUGUGUAGUAUGAAGACGGGAGAAAAUAAUUGCCCUAAUAUGGAAGGUUGACAAGACAAUAGAAUAUUUCUGUCUGCAUAAAAGAUUGAUGGAUGUCGGUUGAAAGAAAUUGGAAAUAAUCAAAGUCUGCCAGGCGGUAGGGGAGCGUGUCACGCAAUGCACAUCUAACUUUUAUACACUGAGAAUAUAAGACGUUCGUGUCCCGCUAAUUCGUUAUGUUCGUCCUGCUUCCCAGAGAUUUGCCCAACUAUUACGCUAGGACAUGACCAUGGCGUUUCACGGAUAUAGGAAUGGACAGCCGGAUCAAGGAAGAAAAAUGAGCUCUGAAAACUCAUAUUCCAACAAUUCCAACUUUGGUGAGUGUUUGUUUUUGUUUGGACGUCCGUAAUCAUUGAAACAGACUAAAGUUGAGAGAUGUGUCAUUUGAUCACUGAAAAUGUACAUUUUGGCAGCUAAACACGGCCCUGAACUCUUUAAGAAGAUCAUUUAAGCUCAAGGCUGAAAUACCCGUCAAAAUCAAGGACGAGGCUUGUCACGAAGUUCCUAACUAAUACAGAACGUGAAACCAAUGGCUUAUAUGCCAAGCAGAAGACAAGGUGUCUGUCAGAAGCGAUUUUUGUCACUAUCCUGGUACUAAUCAUGCAUCAACGACUGCAACAUGAAGAGACUGGCCAGGGACAUAUAUAUUUAAACACGAUCAUAAUCUGGAAAUUGUAUCUUUGUUUUUAUACCUCCGUGUCUGCAUACUGAAUUUUUAUGCUGAUUCGGGAAAUUUAGGCGAAUUUAUUUAUACUCUGAUAACAAAAAAAAAACCCGCGAAAAUAAUAUUUUCCACAACAUCGUUAUCACAAGGGCCAUAAAGUCCAUGCUCCCUCACCUAGACUGGGUCUGACGUUUGUGUGUCGACUGUAAUGGAUUAAUACCUUUGAAAGAACACAGGACAUCGGAGGCUCCACAACGUGUGCACAUUCCCCUAACAGACGACUCUUAGAACUGAACGCAGCCUCGCCAGAAGCGCGGAACAUGCCUCGUCCCAUUAAGGCAAACUAGCUCUGUAGAGGUUGGUGUUAAACUUUAUUACCUAAAAUAACCGUAAUAGCAAGAAACGCCAUUAGCCUCAGAAAAGACUCUCAGAGAACUAAAUCCACUUGUGUUAAAAUGGCAUGAAGAAAUAUUUGAUUCCGUCAGUGUUCUCAAAGUUCAUCUGUAAGUGUGUUUACCUUUAGUGUGUGGCUGUACAUUUAACCCAUCUGUCAUCCAUACAGACGUAUUAUGCGAAGAGGCUAUCGGUUGAAUCGUUAUGAAUCCACUGGAGAAGGAGGUACCAUUACGAGUAUAAUCGCACUGCAAUAUUUAACGUUCGAUAAAUGUUUCCUCACUUGCUAAGGAUCUGAGAAAGUACAGUCCAUCAUGCCAGCCCACCUCCGUCUUCUGAAACAUUCCUAACAGGCUAAUUAUACUCCGUGUAUUGUCAGAACAAAUGUGAAUGUUUUCACAGCGCUGUUUGCAGCGUAUUUUAGACGCUCUCCCGCCCAUGGCAUCACUGGGGUCCUGUUUAUGAAUUUAUGAGUACUUGAUUGAGUAAUAGGCAAAGAGAGGUGUAUUGGCACGUCUGUUACGAAUGUGCGACGAUGCAUAUAAAUGAUUCGUUAGUUAAAGAUUUAUUCUAUUUGUAGCUCAGCUUAUGAAGCGGCCCCAUUGACUGCAUUCAUGGAUGUCUACAAGUGAUCAAGACAGUUGAGAAUCGAUAAGAUGAUUGGAUCAAAAUAACUGUUUCGGUUUUCCACUGAAUCAGAUUUACAACCAAACUUAGUAAAUGCGUCAAACCAAUGUCAUUUUGAAUUCAGAAAUAGAAGAAAUAAUCUAAAGAUAUGGAGGGCGGAUUCGUAAUUUCGAUUUCGAAUUAAACAGAGCGAAGAACAAAAACGUUCAUAUCAAAGUAGCGCUUCUGGUGUCUGCAAUCCCAAAGAAUUAUGUGUUAAAGUAUCAGGAACACGGCCGUCGUAAUCACAGUUUAUGAACGACAAUGGCAAGUGCAGCUCCUCUUGGACAGCAAGUCGUCGCAUCUUUAUACUUGAUAUGGGUCCUGUUCCUGUUUGGAAUUCACAGUUUUCCCGAAGACGUGUACGACAGCAAAUACUCCACCAGAAUCGACGGCGACAUCAAUCUUGGCGCCGUGUUUUCAAUCCACGCAUCGAAAGACGGCCGCUGUAGUGACAGUAUAUUUGGAUUCAGGGCUAUUGAAUAUGUCGAAGCUGUCAGAUUUGCAAUUAGUGAAAUUAACAACAGUUCUGACAUCCUGUCAAACAUUACAUUAGGCACCACCAUCUUGGACGAUUGCUUUCUGCCCUCUAUGGCCCUGGCACGGGCGAUGCAAUUUAUGCCGGAAGCCAACAGACUGCACAGCACGUGCAAUGCCUCGUCAUGUGAAGACCGGAAACUACCGAGAUUUUACGAUGUUGUCGGAGUGUUGGGUGCAUAUACGAGUUCCUUAAGUAUAGUCGUUGCCAACGUGAUGACCUUGUUUAAGAUCCCCCAAAUCAGUCAUACGGCGACUAGUGAUUUGUUGAGUGACAAAACGAAGUUUCCAUACUUUCUGAGAAUGGUUCCAGCAGAUCUGAAUCAGGUGAAGGUGAUAGCGGACGUUUUACAAUAUUUUAACUGGAGCUACGUAUCAGUCGUGUAUUCUGAAGGAAGUUAUGGACAGGAGAGCGAGAAGAAGCUGAAACCGCUACUUCGCCAAAUUGAUAUAUGCGUAGCCCAGUCUAUUGAACUACGAGACGGCAUGACCAAGGAGGAUUACGACGAUGUCAUAACGUCCUUAAGAAGAUACACAACCGCAAAGGUAGUCGUACUAUACGCCGACAUCAAGCAUACCAUGUUCAUUAUGAAGGCCGUGAAAAGAACUCGUGCAUCACGGGAGUUUAUCUGGAUCGGAAGUGAUGGAUUGUCGGUUGUUUUAAAUGAUCAUUCGGAUAUCUGCAACGACAUAGUGGGCUCACUGGCUGUAAGGCCGUAUUCAUCAACGCUGCCGACGUUCAUGACGUAUAUGAAGACACACCUUCAAGCAAGAAAAUAUAACGAACAGGAACGAAGAAAACUCAAAAGUUUUGAUCAGUGGUUUUGCUUUGAAGGCCAUGAGCCUGGGAGUGAAGAAACGGACGAAAUCUUAGAUAAUUCUACGAUGGACCGUGUUGACUAUAUCCCCAAAUUUGCAGCAUCGUACGUAGUGGAUGCAGUGUACGCAUUUGCGAAUGCGCUGGAUGCGUACAUCAAAGAUGCGUGUCCCACUGCUAGAGGUAAGGAAGUGCAAAGCUGUAUUAACACUGAAACCCUUCUGAAAUAUGUUAAGAAAGUAGAAUACUAUGGUUCCAUCGGGAAGAUAUCUUUUGACCAAAAUGGUGACGUAGUUGGCAAACUUGACGUUCGUCAGUGUCAGAUGGUCAACAGUUUGCCGCUUCAUCAGAAUGUGGGCAUGUGGGAUAUGCGAACCGCCAUGUUAAAUAUAGACGAAACCUUUCUUCAGUGGCCGAGUUUUACAAACGGAAGUGAAGGUUUACCGCUCUCCGAGUGUGCGGAACCGUGCGGUGUCGGUGAAAUCGCAACGUUUCCCAGAGAGACAUGCUGCUGGAAAUGUGUCGCCUGCAAAGACAACGAAGUUACAUCCUCUAACUCAACACAAUGUCAAGCAUGUGAUGAGUUCCUCUGGCCUGAUAAUCAAACGAGAAAGACGUGCCUUUCAGUGGAUCCAACUUACGUCAGAAUGAGCGAUCCAAUUGCAAUCGUUCUCUUCUUCUUCACCAUCGUCGGACUCUCCCUCACCACGUUCGUCAUCCUGUUCUUCCACAACUUCCGGAAGGAGCGGAUUAUCCGGUCGUCGAGCCGCGAGCUGUCCCAGAUGAUGCUAGUGGGGAUUUGUGCCGCCUACCUCCUCGUCUUCGGCUUCCUCACGUUCCCAAACAACUUUUCAUGCUACGUCAACAACGUUGGCUUUAGUCUGACCUUCACCUUGGUCUACGUACCGCUGUUGGUGAAGACCAGUAGAAUCUACCGAAUCUUCAGAGCGGGAAAGAAAACGACUGUUCUCCCACGCUGCACGAGUUCUUCGUCCCAGGUUGUCAUAGUAACCGGCUUAUUAACCUUUCAGGUAAUCUUGGUGACUGUUUCGACGAGUCUGGCGCCUCCACGUGUUGCAAAGAGCAUGCCUGUGAGAACUGAAAGAUUUGUGGAGCUGUACUGCGAUAUGCCCUUAGUGGGCCUCCUGUCAUCCCUGUCCUUCAACCUCGUUCUGGUUAUAAUCUGUGUAUUUUACGCUUUCAAAACGAGGCGACUUCCGGAUAACUACAACGAGUCUCGUUAUAUCGCGUUUUGUGUGGACACGACGCUUUUAGUGUGGAUUUCCUUCGUUCCAACGUAUUUCACCACAUCUUUAGCGUAUUAUAAAGUCAUCAUACUAUCUAUAGCGUUAAUUGUAAACAGUUCAGUGUGCUUGUUGUGUCUAUUUAUUCCAAAAGUCUAUGCUCUCUACCAGCAGAAGAAAACGAACAGUGGAACGCAAGAUCGUUGUUAUAAUCCAUUGAACACCACCCAGAAAGAAACUGGAAUCUGUCCCAACCGGUUCUCGAACAGUGACUUCUUUACGUCUAAGUCCUCUUUUAAUAUGACAGAACAAACGGAAAACAAGCAACCCGCAAACGGAACCGGUUUAUCCAAACAUGUUGAGAUUGUUCUCAAACCGGAAUCGGAUUCUUCUCCAGGCCAUUCGGAGUUGAGUGUUAAUUGCCAAUAAUGACACACGUUAUAUGUUUUAAGAUGCGGUGCCGUUUUUGUUGAAAUAUUCAACAUUUUCAAUGAUUCGUUGGAUAUCUGUGUUAGGAUGUUGUCAUUGUCGGUUUGUAUUUGUUGGCUGAUUUACUGAAUCUAAACUAACUGAUGAAGUAAUUAUGUUUUCACCGCCAAAAGAAACGCGAACCAGAGAAACAUAUAGAGAAGUAUGUACGUUAAGAGGAGAUGUUUCCAAUGUGUACCAAUUAAUGUCAAAAAUACAAUCAGCCAGGUGUUACCACAGUGUCAUUAUUCUAUUACGAUAUGCUGCACGUGUCCAAACUUUACACGCUAAUCCUGUGCGAGACAAAAGGUGCAUUUCGAGUCAUGGGUCUAUGACGUCACAUGUGAUGCGUUCAUGAGCGUCGGUUCACACAACACACCAGUAUGUUCGUUUGUGUGACUAACGAAUCUCAUAUCCCUUGAAUAUGAGUAAUUCUUCAUAUAGUAACAUACAUGUAUGAUAUUAGCGUUUCUUUUGUCGGUGAGUAUAGAAACUGCUGGGCAAAAGAAAGUAUACACUUGAAAAUUGGAUUUGACAAAAAAAAAUCAAACGUUAUCAAAACCGUUACUAGGCUGAAAAUACAAAUGUAAAAAAUAUGAACGUUUGUUGUACGAAAAUAUGUGCAUGUGCAUAGCAUAUAUUAUUCAUGUAAAUGAACUCAUUCAUGAAUAAACUUCUUCUACUUCUACAAGGCUGAAAACAGUCCCUGAAACACUGCAAGUUUAAGGCCCUACGUACAAUACGGCACGGUAAUCAAAUACAUCACCUCAAAUAUCCCUUUCUUCCUUGUUUCAUUUUUAGCCGCCAUUAAAGAUGAGUGUGUACUUUUGCACGUCAGUUUAUACAAGGAUAAAGAGACCCUUCUCAUCAGUCAGAUUGGUGGAGCCAAGAUUCUACGUUGAUGUGAAGAACUUAUCAUUCAAUUAAAAUUAUUACCACUGCCUGU